UGUCGCACGUUGUUGACGUAGACUUUUGACAUUGGCAUGGAUCGCGAUAGAAGGUUUACCCAGUAUUCGCUGUAGUUAUGGCUCUCUCCCAUCUUUCAAGAACCUUGACUCGGCUCCUCCUAGAGACAUCGCCCAUAAUUCAUCAGAGGACUUUUAGUGUGUCCGCUGUUGCAGCAGCCAUUCAAAAAAUGACAAGAGUGCAUGUAGUGGACAACAGCUCUCUUGGAAGUACACCGUAUCACCGUGCACCAAGAGUGAUCCAUGUCUACACCAAGAAUGGCAUAGGAAAAGUUGGUGACAGAGUCUUGCUUGCCAUUAAAGGACAGAAGAAGAAAGCGCUUAUCGUUGGACACAAAAUGCCUGGAGAACGCAUGAAUCCACGCUUUGAUUCGAACAAUGUUGUCCUGAUUGAGGACAAUGGGAACCCUACAGGAACCAGGAUCAAAGUCCCUUUACCCACGCAUCUACGCAGAAUGGAGGGGGAUUAUUCUAAAGUCCUAGCAAUUGCUAAUUCAUUUGUUUAAUAAGAUCAUCAUUCAAGUGGGAUUUGAGAUAUGUAUGUAUACACUGUAUAUUUCACAUCUGCUGGGCAUAUAUGAACAUUUUAAGUGUAUAUUUUCUUGUCUUCAGUAAAGGAAAGGAGUAAACACCCUGUCACAAUUAUUGUCUCUAUGCAGUAGUUCAUUGUUACUGAAUGUAUGUGAUAUACUCAAGUGGUUGGCAAGAUGUUUGACAUUUACUGAGGCCUCUCUAUGUUUAUAAUAAACAUGACCCUUA